AUGUCUCAAGAACUGUUUAAUAAGGUAACACCUGGUUUAUUCUAUUCAUUUAGUUUUUAGAAUAAUGGAGAUGCCGAGGAUAUCUGGGAUGAUACCGCGAUGAUCGAGAUGUACGAAAAGAGCAAAUCAGCCACCAUGGAGAAAGUAAAGCUUAGCGCAAGUCAGACUCAGGUAAGGCUUACCGUUCUCUUUGUUUUUCUUGUUUUAGGCCUGCACCUGAAAUUUCCUCCUCUAGUAUAAUAUAAUUUAUUUCGCAGGGAAAGACAAGGGAAUGGAAGGUAGACGACACUUGUAUGGCCCCAUACGAAGAUGGACGAUGGUAUCCGGCAAAGGUUUUGUCGCUAGACGGCGAAACCUGCAGAGUAGUGUACACCGAGUACGAUGAGGAAGCAGAUGUGAAUGUGGCGGACUUGUUGAGGUAAGAAUUUUUGCGUAAAUAUUGGCGUUCUACUGCUUGGAGUCGAAUUGAAAUGGUUGGGUUCAGGCCGGACGACGAAGCGGUGCUGUAUGGGCAAGUUGAUCAAGAAUCCACCCACAUCCAACAUGGUGAAUAUUAUGGGCCGUUUAUGGCUGAACCUCCGAAUGAUCUUCAAAAUUUUGGCUAUACAGAGCGUUAUCAGCUGUAUAGCCAUGCUGUACCGACAACAUCGACAUUUUUUACGACAGAAUUCGAGGACUUUUCGGCGAAACCGCGAAAACAACCAGACUUGACUAAUGGAGAAUAUAAAAACGCUAAGAAUGAAGUGGUAGCUGAAGAUUUUAGUGACAAUCAUGAGGAGUACACAUGGAACGCGGACCAAUACGGCUCUGAAAAGCCGAAGGAGUCGACUAAUCCGCAAAUUCAACGGCAAUUUUUCGUUUCAACAAAAGUCUUGGAGAAGUCCAUAACAUUAACAAAAAAGACGAGAGUAAAGGUGAAACGCCAAGGAUCUUCCUCAGAUUUGCUUGAAAAUCCGUUUAAGAAGUCAAAACCUGUUGAAUCGAGCACAACCGAGCCAAAAAUUGAAGAAAUCGACCGGAAACCAAAGCCUCGAAAGCUGACCCUAUUCCCAGCCAAUAUCCAUCCGGUAAAGGAUGUAAAACCCACCCUUGAACUGCCUCCCCUCACCCUAAAGCCUUUCAAUUGGUCUCCCAACUUUGAGAACAGCAAAAGUCCCGAGAAUUUACUGCCCGACUUUGUCUUCGAGCGCCGCUUCUGCACCAUGGAUAAGAUAUUCGACCAUGCGAAUGCCCGCCUCCCCGGCUCCGGCAACAAGGCCCGACUCUUCAGCUACGCCUUCGAGAAGCUGCGCGACCUCCGCACCGACCUUGUCCUCAUCAAGAACCGGGUUGUCGUCCGUUCUGAACAAACCUUCGUCGCCAAAGCUUUUCUGGGGCCUAGGAGUCGGAAAUUGAUCGCGAAUCGGGUCGCCACCACCAAUUUAUUCCUAAAUACCUUGAACUCAGGGAUAAUCGAGAAUUUUUGCAGCGAAGAAGCGGUGGAAAAGGACGCUGUGGACAAGAUGGACACCAACGAAGAAGAGAAGCCCGGACCUUCGACGGAACAAGUAUGUUUUUGAUGAAAACAUUUUUUUUUGUUGGAAUAAUUUUAGAGCUAUUAGAUGUUUAAAUCUCAAACGUGGGUUAUGUUUGCAGUUUCCAGCAAAAAUUUUUGGUCUACGAGGAGUUCUCACCUUAUACUUGACAUCAGAUGUCAGGAGUAAUAGAACUGUUUAUAAAGUAGUGCAAAGUCGAGGUUGGACUGCGUGAUAGAAAUCUAUGGGCUUUGGGCUGGUUUGGGAACGUAUUUUAUCUCGUUGAGGCAUAUAGAAACUGAUAUUUAUCUUAUACUUGACAUCAGAUGUCAGGAGUAAUAGAACUGUUUAUAAAGUAGUGCAAAGUCGGGGUUGGACUGCGUAAUAAAAAUCCAUGGCCUCAGGGUUCGUUUGGGAAUGUAUUUUGCCUUCUUUUGACAUCUAGACACUGACAUUUAUCUUAUACUUGACAUCAGAUGUCAGGAGUAAUAGAACUGUUUGUAAAGUAGUGCAAAGUCGAGGUUGGACUGCGUGGUAGAAAUCUAUGGCCUUAGGGGUCGUUUGGGAAUGUAUUUUGUCUUCUUUUGACAUCUAGAAACUGAGGUUUAUCUUAUACUUGACAUCAGGUAUGAUGGAUAAUAUAAGUGCCUGAAAACUCGUAUUUGAUCUAGGUAAUAGAUUUUGGCAGACGUCUGGAACCAUAAUGGAGGUCUUGAGAUGUUUUUGGCUAAUUCUGAGCUCAAACGGGUGAGAUAUACCUUACACUUGACAUCAGGUCUCAUGGAUAAUAAAAAAGUGAUAGGAAAGGCAAUUUUUGUUAUGAAAUUUUCAUAAAUAUGCGUAUUAUACUUUCAGAAACCAACAACAAGCAAACUAUUCCCCAUCCCGAGCAUUUGCCCACCUCCUCCAGCACUGUUUGCGAAAAUCGCCAAAUCGAGCAAUGAAAAAGAAGCCCUGACCAAUAUGCUGAUGAGCUGGUACAUGAGCGGCUACCACACCGGCUUCUACGAAGGCUUCAAGGAGGCGCAGAAGAGUGUGCAACUCGGGAAACGAAAGUAA